AUGGAGGACCACGUCGAUAUCCCAGACGAGUCGAUGCAACACAUUGAGGCUUUGCUGGCAAGGCAUCCGCCUCAUCUGAUCCAACGCAUGUUCUCUCAGGCACUCGAAUCACGCCGUAAUUCAACUGCUUCCUCUUUCAUGUCCACAAGUACCGCCAGUUCCACCGCAACAUCGUCUUCUGGCUCAUCAUGGAGAUCUCGUCUUUCCAUAGGAUCCACAUUCUCAUCAUCAACAGGAAACAGCGAUGCGGCGCCUUCGAGUGCUUCGUCCAUGUCUUCGCGCUCCCGGACGAGGCGAACAGAGCCUCGUUCGUUCCCAGCUCGACUUGAUCCUACCCGGCCGGUACCGGCCCCCUCCUCGGAACUCAGCAGUCCGGUGGAGAUGAAAGUGGAGCCAAGCUUUACGCCGACCGACGACAUCAGUGUUGCAUCACCAAUUUUGUUUCCAGACGACAAGUCGCAAAGCCAAUCUGGCGAGCCCUACAUGUUUUGCACAUAUUGUGCCGAAUCAAAAUUGCAAAAGACGUUCAAGGCCAAAUCCGACUGGAAGAAGCAUGAGAUGAGGAUGCACGAGACGGGAGAGGACUGGCAAUGUGUAGUGCUUGGCUGUAGUCGCAUCUUUGACCGCCAAAAGGACUUCAUCAAGCAUCAUCAGCGCUACCACUCGGGACGACCUUUGCCAUCUCUGACCGACAUUGGUAUCACUUUGCUCCCGAGAAGAGUGUUUGGCUGCGGGUUCGACAAGUGCAAGGAGGUUAGCAUUGGAUGGGAUGAACGAUGCGACCACGUGGCAAAGCACAUGAAGAAUGGCGCAACCUAUGACCAGUGGAAGUAUUCAAAUGUCAUCAGGAACUUGAUCCGACAAGAAGCAUUGCAUGAUACCUGGAAAGAGCUGAUUGGCUGCUUGGAUGAGAGGUUGCGCGAAAGCCGUUCCCAGAUCAGUUGGUGUCCUGAUAAUUCACGGAUUCUACGACAGAAGCUGCAAUGCUGCGAUUUACGGCCGAGUCGAGAGGAAGUACUCAUCACUGCAUUGAGCCUACGCUCCGACAUUCCCCUGGAUCCCGUCCAUCAACAACUGCCACCUGGAUUCGUCACCCCGAGCCGGGAUUCCGUACCAAACGUCGACAAACUCUCUCGCGAGCAACGCAUGCAUGUGUUGAUUGGAAACUCCAAUAUUGAGAUUACACGGACGCGCCUCGCUGCCAUCAACGCUGCUCUGCUACGAGUCAGUAGCAAUCUUCCGCAGCUACCAGACUACGAAUGUGAAUCUUCCUCGUUUGCAGAACCACAGUCACCAGCAGGCGAUGAAACGAAUUGUCGGAUCAGUUACAUGGACGUUGAUCCUGGAGAUUACCUCCAUGUAGCUCAGCCGGCCAUUCCGGAAAUACCGCUGGUUUCGCAUCAGCCUGCCAUGCAUGUGCCGCACGCACACUCUGCCGUGUUGGAUAAUACGCCACAAUCUUACGUUCAAAGCAACGACUUUGCCGAUCCGGCCAAAACUUCGGCCAAUCCCAUUGGAUCCUUUUACCCCAGUUACUUCGACGCAGCCCCCCAGUUCGAGGACUCGCAAUACUACGAUCGUCAAGUCUUUGACCAUUGGAAACCGAUUGGGCAACUCUAG